CACACGUACUCACACAGCUCCCCUCGAGAUCAGUGCUUCCGGGUCGCCGAUCGACACGCACGUUUUUUUUUUGUAGCUUUUUAAUUUCUUUAAUUUUUAUUGUACUGAGCCGUGGCGUACUCGAAUGCACAGGUUCGAUACCUCCACUAAUUGUUGUCCAGUUUCUUGAUUUGCUGACGAUUUUGAAAGAAAAUGUGGUUUGCAGAGGCUGAAGAAGUUGUUGAAGUAGUAAGGGGUCAUUUUCCGUGGACAUGCCUUCUCAUAGUUCCGAUUUUGAUCGCAAUUUCGCCUGUUCAUGGAGCUCAUGACUUCACCGCAUAUCGAAUGCAGCAGUUCGACCUGCACGGAUCUCAGUAUGGCUGUCGGAACACUUUGGUCAAUCUGGAAGCUCGGCCAAUAUCAGCUAAGAUGGUCACUAGGAGAUGCAUCCUUGCCAGACUGUCCGAGGUGACCGCUGAUCGUUACAGGGAGUUGAUAGAGCAGGGUGCAGGGGCAUUAGUCAUCUUGCUUCCUGAGUCUUUGACAUCUGCACCACAGGAUGUGCUCAAUCAAUGGAUGGAGUUAGAACCUUUGAUGCUGGAGCAGGAGACCACCAUGCCAGUGUACUUUGCAUCAGAGGAUGAAGAACUAUUGUCCAUUCAUAGUGAUAUCCAGCAAGCAGUCAGUGGUGACCAAGCACCAUCAGCUGCACAGGCCCUUCUGAGUGCAGUUUAUGCCAAUGGUUUCCAGAUGGUUGUGUCUGGAUCUCAGGCCAAACCUAUCAAGGAUGGUAAUAUCAUCAGCUUUCAGGGUCAGCUGACAGGGAAGGGUGUAGAGGAUCAGCUACCAACGUUAGCUGUUGUUGCUCACUACGAUGCCUUUGGUGCUGCUCCGCAUCUUUCGCAUGGAGCAGACUCUAAUGGUAGUGGUGUAGUGGCCUUGUUGGAGUUAGCUAGACUUUUCAGUAAGCUUUAUACCAGCUCUAGAACUCAUGCAAAGUAUAACCUGCUAUUCUUCCUGUCUGGUGGGGGUAAAUUCAACUAUCAUGGAACAAAAAGAUGGAUUGAAGAUCAGCUAGAGAGUCAAGAAUCUUCUCUGUUGAGUGAUGUAUCCUAUGUGAUGUGCCUUGAUACGAUUGGUGCCAGUGAUGAACUCUACUUACAUGUAUCUAAACCACCUAAGGAGGGUUCAGAAUCUCAUCAAAUAUUGGAGGGUCUUGAAAACGUUACCAGGUCCCUGUACCCAGCAAUGAAGUUCGGUAUGGUUCAUAAGCGUAUUAACCUAGCUGAUGAUUGGUUGGCGUGGGAACAUGAAAGGUUUAGCAUGCAAAGACUUCCUGCGGGAACCCUUUCUCAUCUCUCUGCCUAUGACAGUGCCUCAAGGUCUACCAUUACAGAUGAUGGUUCCAGGGUAGAUUCUAAUAAGCUUGCAAGAAAUGUGAAGAUCAUCGCUGAAACUCUUGCUCAUCAUAUAUUUGGUAUAGGAUCCUCAGAUAUGGAGGUCUUUGUUGAUGGCUAUGAUGUGAAUAAGGACUCGAUAGAUGCCUGGAUAAAGUAUUUAUCAUCUGAGCCCAGGUCAGCACAGCUAUUAACCAAGGAUCAACCUUUACUGCAGACACUACAGAGCGCCCUCUCGAGGCACCUCAAAGAUGUCAAACGAAUAACCAUCAAAGCAGAUAAGAGGGAACCUGAGUAUGUUUUCUACGAUGGUCUUAAGUUCACUGUGCAUGCUUACAAUGUAAAACCAGCUGUGUUUGACCUGUUCCUGGCUGCGGGCAUAGCCAGCUACCUUGGGCUCAUCUAUCUAACAGUGCAAAACUUCAGCAUGUUGAAGGACACCGUAAGAAGCUACGUUGCUAAGAAACCCAAGAUACACUAGUCACCAUUGGUACUCUAUAAGCUUUGUAUGACAGUACACAUCAUCUGGGUCUAUUUACACAAGGCUUGGUAAUUGAUCAUACAGUUGAUGUGGUAUGAUGGAUUGCAUAUAAUUAUCAAUGCAAUCAAUUAUGAAAAUCAACCUAUGAUCAAUCUUUAAACUUUGUGAUACCAGGUCCUGUAUAGAGUCAGAUAGAUAUUAACUCACUGUGUUGACCUAUCUGUACUUGUGGAUAUAUCCUUUAACAUGUAUGAAUGUAAUUGCAUUCUAUUGUUUUAUCUCACUCUGGCUCUAUACAGAUGAUUUUUUUUUAUGUGUGUUUUUCAUUAUUUCAGGUGAGUGAACUCCAUUGCCCUCUAAUGCACGUCAUAUUUAAGUAUUAUUGUGUUUAAAAAGGAAGUGUAAUUGUGGUGUGUUCACAAUCAGUUAAAAUAAAAGAAAGCUUCAUAUUAUGUUAAUAAUACAGUAUGACUGGCCGGGAUACGGGGGGGGGGGUGAUGUUGUAUUGAUGUAAUAGAGAUCCUAUGCAUUAUCCCUUUCUUCGGGGGGGGGGGGGGACUUGUGUAUGAACUACAAUUUUAAUCCUCCAAGGUCCCUCUAUUACAAAAUAUGGAAACGUGAGGGAUCCUUUAUUUCAUCAAAGAUGAAGUUGCUUUGUACUUCAUCUUGUGAACAUGCAUUCAUUAUCUUGUGGAAAGUAAUUUGGAAAUGAAAUGAUUACAGUGGUCUCUUUUAUUUUGUAUCCAGAUGAAAGAAUGAUGUUGAAUAAUGAAAAGUUUGGUCAUGAACACGGAAUGAUAUUUAUUCUGAAACCAUGAAUAAAGAAUGUUAAUAAUAAUCGUCCUUGAGGAUAUGAUAAAUGGCAUCCAUGUUGCUCUUUCUGAGUGUCUGGGUAUAAGAUUAAUUUUUGCAAUUCAAUCUAAAUAGAAGUAUUGUAAUUACAGGAAAUCAAUAUGUUGCAAUUGAACUGGAAUCAUUUAGCAUAUUUUUGAACUGUUUAAUCUUGUUGGAGAUUGGUUGAAAAAAAUGCUGAAUGUUAAUUGAUAAAUGAUAAUUUUUUGUAUAUUUCUAUUUUUCAGGUAUGGUUGGUAAUGAUCUUGCACAAAGUCAGAAUGAUUUCAAGGGAAUAUUUUUCAUUAAUGAAAUGUCAAUGUUUUUAAAGAAUUUGAUGUAUCACAAUGAUUUGUGAUCAAUUGCAAAUACCAAACAACUAUAUUUAAAUAGGUUGAGAGUAUGAACACUAUGCACGUUUACUAGUAUUUUGAUUGGCCAGUCCGUGCUAUUUUGGCAAUUGGUGGCAAUUAUUUGUGUAAUGAUGAGCCCUGAUAUUUAAAGCACAAUUUGAAAUCAACCGUUUUAGUUCACAUAUGUACAAUUCACCAGUUUGUUGUUUUUGUUUGUAUUUUCUGUCGUAUGUUGGCUAAGGUUUUUUUUUCUCGCCACCAUCCCAUGGUAAGGGCAUCAUCCUUGACAUCAAAAUCUUAAGUCCAAGCUUAGAUUCUUUUAAUUUCAUGAUUUGACGAGUAAAGGGUCCUAUCUAAUAAGACAUGGAAAUCAAGGUUAUCAAGGAUCACUGAACCUUUUGUGUAAAUUUCAGGUUAAAUGUCUUUUUUACUCAAUGAACUUCGAGUCAUUGACUAUAUUGCCAUAUCAGUAUCAAGAAUUAACCAGGGGUUAGGGUGUUUUUAAAGAUUAUAUUCCUUGUCCUUGAAAGUUGGGAAGAUGGCAUCAAAUAUCACCGAUCACGAGUGUGUCCUUGAAAGUUGGGAAGAUGGCAUCAAAUAUCACCGAUCACGAGUGUGUCCUUGAAAGUUGGGAAGAUGGCAUCAAAUAUCACCGAUCACGAGUGUGUCCUUGAAAGUUGGGAAGAUGGCAUCAAAUAUCACCGAUCACGAGUGUGUCCUUGAAAGUUGGGAAGAUGGCAUCAAAUAUCACCGAUCACGAGUGUGUCCUUGAAAGUUGGGAAGAUGGCAUCAAAUAUCACCGAUCACGAGUGUGUCCUUGAAAGUUGGGAAGAUGGCAUCAAAUAUCACCGAUCACGAGUGUGUCCUUGAAAGUUGGGAAGAUGGCAUCAAAUAUCACCGAUCACGAGUGUGUCCUUGAAAGUUGGGAAGAUGGCAUCAAAUAUCACCGAUCACGAGUGUGUCCUUGAAAGUUGGGAAGAUGGCAUCAAAUAUCACCGAUCACGAGUGUGUCCUUGAAAGUUGGGAAGAUGGCAUCAAAUAUCACCGAUCACGAGUGUGUCCUUGAAAGUUGGGAAGAUGGCAUCAAAUAUCACCGAUCACGAGUGUGUCCUUGAAAGUUGGGAAGAUGGCAUCAAAUAUCACCGAUCACGAGUGUGUCCUUGAAAGUUGGGAAGAUGGCAUCAAAUAUCACCGAUCACGAGUGUGUCCUUGAAAGUUGGGAAGAUGGCAUCAAAUAUCACCGAUCACGAGUGUGUCCUUGAUAGUUGGGAAGAUGGCAUCAAAUAUCACCGAUCACGAGUGUGUCCUUGAAAGUUGGGAAGAUGGCAUCAAAUAUCACCGAUCACGAGUGUGUCCUUGAAAGUUGGGAAGAUGGCAUCAAAUAUCACCGAUCACGAGUGUGUCCUUGAAAGUUGGGAAGAUGGCAUCAAAUAUCACCGAUCACGAGUGUGUCCUUGAAAGUUGGGAAGAUGGCAUCAAAUAUCACCGAUCACGAGUGUGUCCUUGAAAGUUGGGAAGAUGGCAUCAAAUAUCACCGAUCACGAGUGUGUCCUUGAAAGUUGGGAAGAUGGCAUCAAAUAUCACCGAUCACGAGUGUGUCCUUGAAAGUUGGGAAGAUGGCAUCAAAUAUCACCGAUCACGAGUGUGUCCUUGAAAGUUGGGAAGAUGGCAUCAAAUAUCACCGAUCACGAGUGUGUCCUUGAAAGUUGGGAAGAUGGCAUCAAAUAUCACCGAUCACGAGUGUGUCCUUGAAAGUUGGGAAGAUGGCAUCAAAUAUCACCGAUCACGUGUGAAAGGUUGCUGGAUCAAGGUCAAAAGUCAAUCCAGGGCUCCAUAACACAAAGGUUUGCGAUGAAUCGCAAAUAUGAAAGAACCGCACUGAUUGGUCCCUGGUCAGUAUUUUAAACCUAAUGCGCGUGUAACAUUGAUAUUGAUUGGUCAGUUCAUUUAGCGAUUGAUCGCUAAUCUUUGUGUUACGGAGCCCUGGUCAGUAAACUAUUAACAAUAGCCUAUUCUUUAUUUUAAAUUUGAAUCAGUUAAUGGUUAUAAAAACAAUAUUGGACAUUUCACUGUCAGAAAGCCAACACUGAAAUGUGUGAUGCAGACGAGAUUGACAGUUGUUGUAAUAUUAUUUUCAAUUAGAUAUUCAUAGAAUAGUAUAUUUGUUUUAAUAUUGCCCAUGACCGUCCAUUUAAAAAUUCACUUUUGCAGAUACGAUGUCUUUGAUCCUCUGUGGGAGAUGUUCCGUCUUUAUGUCUCAUAAAAUUUGUUCAAACUUUAGAUAUAUUAGAACUUCUGUUUCAAGCUUUUUGAAACUGAGAUCAUUCAGUAUUGUAUUAAAAGGACCUAUCAUUUACUUCUAUUUUGUCCUGUCAUCCUAUAUAGGUUUGGCUGCAUGGUUGAAUUCAUGUACAUAUUUGACCUUGCAUUAAUUUCAUUUUUGUCUCGCCUGCAUAGCAGAGCGAGACUAUACAAUGUAGGCGCCGCUUUUCCGACGGCGGACAUCAAAUCUUAACUUAAGGUUGAGUUUUUGAAAUGACAUCAUAACUUAGAAAGUAUAUGGACCUAGUUCAUGAAACUUGGACAUAAGGGUAAUCAAGUAUUACUGAACAUCCUGCCUGAGUUUCAGGUCACAUGACCAAGGUCAAAAGUCAUUUAAGGUCAAUGAACUUUGGGCAUGCUAGGGGUAUUUGUUGAAUUACCAUCGUAAUUUUGAAAGUUUAUGGAUCUAGUUCAUAAAACUUAGACAUAAGAGUAAUCAGGUAUCACUGAACAUCCUGUGCGAGUUUCAGGUCACAUGACCAAGGUCAAACGUCAUUUAGGGUCAAUGAACUUUGGUCAUGGUGGGGGAAUAAUUUUGUUGAAUUGACAUAACUUUGAAAGUUUAUGGAUCUAGUUCAUGAAACAUAGACAUUAAGGGUAAUCAAGUAUAAAUGAUUGUUAUGCACACAUGUUAGAUCACAUGAUCAUGGUCAAAGGUCAUUUUGGGUCAAUGGACAUCGUAUUUUAUUAUCAUAUGAAUGUUUUCUUUUGUGAAUAAUUAUUCAAUAGCUGUUUUCAAAUUCAGCACUGCUGCUAUACCAAUCGCUGUAUGCAGGCGAGACUGCUAGAGGCGUUCCACUUGUUCUCUAUUUUUUCUAAGCAUUUCUCUGAUACAUAUCAAGCCUUUAAACUAAAGUCACAUGAUCUCUUGCUCACUAGGGUUUUGUCAACUCUCUUUGUCGGCCGCUAGUCUUGUCUCAGCCACUACUUGACAAGGAAUAUAACCAAGUCGCGAGUCCUUGUCAAAAGGCUUAUACACAUAUUGCAUUGUGUGGUUAUUGACAAAAGUUGUUAUUGUCAUAUUUUAGUUUGCCAAAGUCCUUUUUUACCAUCGGAGUAAAACACGAUUUGUGAAGUAUCCUAUUAUGUGGAGCUUUUUUGUUGGCUGUUAUUUCUUUUUGAUAUUCAUUCAUGUGAGUGUGAUCCUUUUUGAAAAUCGUUUUGAAGUACAGAACCAAUGUCUUUUUUUCACAAGUGAAAGCAAUAUUUGUAAUUUGAAAUAUUGAUAAAUAAACUCAUUGAGGAGUUAAAA